CUGGUCGUAACGAUUUUAGUUUUAAUUAAUACAACGAGUUGAUCAGUGUGCAAUAAUUGGAGUUUACAAAGGGAGAAGCCAACUUGGACCGAGUCAAGCAAGAAGACACAGUGAGAGUCAUAAACGUGCGCGUUUCUCACACUUGUCCUCUCUUCUUCCUCCUCCUCGUAACCCUUCACUCCACACUAUACAUAUACACCAUUUCUAAACCUUCAGAUUUACAAAAGCAGAGACUUUUAAAGACGACAACGACCAAAAAGCUCAAGACUUAGAAACUAUGAUCAACUCAGAUGAAGAUCUCUGUAUUGUGAUCCGUGACGUCUGGGCUCAUAAUCUUGAAUCAGAGUUUGAGCUAAUCAGCGGAAUCGUCGAAGACUACCCAUUCAUCUCCAUGGACACAGAGUUCCCCGGCGUGAUCUUCAAAGCUGAUCUCGCCGUACUCCGCCGUGGAAACCCUAAUUACCUCUACAACUUUCUCAAAUCCAACGUCGACGCUCUAAACCUAAUCCAAGUCGGUCUCACCCUCUCCGACGCCGACGGAAACCUCCCUGAUCUCGGAUCUCAAAACAACCGCCGGUUCAUCUGGGAAUUCAAUUUCCGAGACUUCGACGUGGAGCGUGAUCCCCACGCGGCGGAUUCGAUCGAGCUGCUCCGUCGUCACGGGAUCGAUUUCGAGCGUAACAGCCGCGAAGGUGUCGGAUCGGAGAGGUUCGCGGAGCUGAUGAUGUCGUCGGGCUUGAUCUGUAACGAGUCCGUGAGCUGGGUGACGUUUCACAGCGCGUACGAUUUCGGUUACCUGGUGAAGAUACUCACGCGCCGGGAGCUUCCGGGGGCCUUGCCUGAGUUCUUGGGGCUGCUCAGAGCCUUCUUUGGAGAGAGGGUUUACGAUGUGAAACAUAUCAUGAGGUUUUGUGAGCAGAGGAGAUUGUACGGUGGUUUGGACCGGGUUGCUCGGUCGCUUGAGGUUAACCGGGCGGUUGGGAAAUGUCAUCAAGCCGGUUCGGAUAGUUUGCUGACGUGGCAGGCGUUUCAGAGGAUGAGGGAUUUGUAUUUCGUUGAGGAUGGUGCUGAGCAACAUGCCGGAGUUUUGUAUGGUUUAGAGGCUUUUUGAUUUUAUUAAAAUUAAUUAACUCAAUUAAUCAUUUUUUAUAAUACCGUUAUAAAAUCGAAAAUUAUUUUAUUCAUCCUUCGUUUAACCAAAUUAUAUAAACCGAAGGGAAAUGAAUAAUUUUAUCAUCAAA